AUGCCCUACCGCCUAGAUACUCAUGUGUUAACGGUGGAUGCGAACGUCAUCCACAAAGUCGAUACCGGCAAUCCCGCCAACUUGUAUUCCAUGUGGACAGUCUUCUCUCGCUGUGCAGAUUCAGUUGAACAGGGCCGCAGAUUAGAGAACCUGAGCUGGAGACUCUGGCAACGAGAGCAGCUCAUCGACAACGCCCACAGAUCCUCAAUAGCCCGGACGGCCCCCAAGGAUAUUCCUUCCGAGGCCCGAUUUCCCGAGCUUCCUCAGCUCUCUGGCAGCGUCGACUCCCUCGCGGACGAGGACACUCCCGAAUUCACUUCAGUCUCAGCUCCCCUGGAGAUCCGCCCCAGGAUACGACGGCUAGAGUCUUCUGCUAGCCGACGUGACCGCCACAUCAGUUCCGACGACUUUGAAAAGAUGGUCGUCUCCAUUGUCAAGGACAAGGCUCCCCUUUCUGCCCCAUCAAAUAACACCUCCCCCAUCAUCGCCAUCACCCGCUCUGGAUCUACCACCACCGAAUCACAAUCCUCUGAACAGCCCUCCGAGGUAUCAUUAGCAUCCGCCGAGAUGUCUUCCGCCGCCACCUCCCCCAAGCACCUCGCUGGCAUUCCCGUCUUCAACGCCCCUCCCAUCGAUGAUAGCUUUCCCGAGCCAAGCUCAUCACCAGCUCACAAGCCCGUUCAGUCCAAGAGACAACCCCCCAGGUUUGCGCUGGGCGGAUCAGUCUCUUCAAGCGACUGCGGACAGAGCGUUGAUGCCCACAAGUCCAUCUUGGCUUCUAAGAAGCCCAUGUUCAAGCUUGGUGGAUCAUCAGAGGAGGAUAGCUCCCUGGCUAGCAGCCGCAAUCUGCCCUCUGGAUCCAAGCAGACCUCCUUCAGCAACAACCUCAUCACUCACCACAUCGAUGCCGAGUCUGCCAUCGACUCCGACACUGAGGGCGAGUACAUUGAUGAGAGUGCCAUUGACGACGACGAUGACUCUUCCGACUGGGAGGACUCCAUCGACGAGAGCGGAAAGCCCAGCGUUGAUGAGAAGUUCUUCCAACGUGUCGAGUCCAAGGUCAACCUGGCUUCACGACCGUCGCUCAUCACUCUGAUGAUGGCCAGCGACCGUGCUAAGAGCCUUGGCAACCACGCAUCUCAGUCUACUUCGGCUCUUUCCAGGUCACGAUCCGUCCUCAAUGGAUCAUCCCUGGCUGCCUCCCCCAACGACUCUGACGACGGUCCUCUUAUGAUGAAGGGCACUCGCCAGUCAACGCUGAAGCCCAUCAACGAGAUUCCUCGAUCCAACGCUCAGCCUAUUGCUACUACCAACCACGUCCAUGCCCAGGCUGCGCUCUCUCCCCGAACUACCCGCCGCAACAUGCUCGCUACUGAGCUUACCGAGUCUCUCCGACGCCACCUUCUCUGGGAACGACAGCAGAAGUCUUCUACUGCCAACGCUGUCCUCAAGCGCAGACACACAUCUCACGAUGUUGCCAACCUCAAGCAGUACCCUGAGCGAGCAUGCCUGAAGCAGAGCGAGGAUGUCAACGCCAGCAGCUGGAACCAGUACUUCACCAAGGAGGCCAACAACGGAUACCAUUCAAAGGGAUGGUAG